AUGGUUGUUCGGGCGACAGAAGCUGUGGAAGGCAUAUGGUUGCACUUGCCUGUUCCGAAAGACAUAAAUGUUAGUGCAGAAGCCUUCAAAUACACGGACAACCUGAGGCUGCUGAAGAUAAACAAUGCAUGUGCCUCCGUAGCUCCUAAUUGUCUUCCAAACAAAUUGAUAUGGCUUCAUUGGCAUGGCUACCCAAUGAAAUCACUUCCAGCAAGUUUUCAAGCAGAAAGGCUUGUUUGUCUGAAAAUGCAGUAUAGCCGCAUUGUACACUUGUGGAAGAGAAUAAAGGUCCUACACAAACUGAAGUUUCUCAACCUUAGUCACUCCCAAAAGCUAGUCAGCUGUCCAGAUUUCACGGGGGUUCCCAAUCUCGAGAAGUUGAUUCUUGAAGAUUGUUCGAGUAUAAUUGAGAUUCAUCCUUCUGUGGGAAAUCUCAAAAAUCUUGUUCUACUUAACCUGAAGAACUGUAGGAAUCUCAAGAGCCUUCCAAAUAAUAUUCAAUUGGAUAAUCUUAAGACUUUAAUUCUUUCUGGUUGUUUGAAACUCGCGAAUUUCCCAGAAAUCAUGAGUGACAUGAAUUGCUUAUCUGAGGUCUACUUAGAAGCUACAGAUGUAAAAGUGUUGCCUUCAUCAAUCGAACGCCUCACUGGCCUUCGAUUGAUGAAUCUAGGCUACUGCAGGAAUCUUACAAAUUUACCAAAAACCAUAGGUAGAUUAAAAUCUCUUAGGAUUCUUAUUCUCUCUGGAUGUUCAAAGCUAGAAAAGUUGCCAGAGGAACUGGGACAUAUAGAAAUCUUAGAGGAACUCUAUUGCAACGAAACUGCCAUUCAAAGUCCGCCAUCUUCCAUUACGCUAUUGAAGAACCUUAAGACCUUAUCUUUUCAUGGAUGUAAAGGGAUAGUAUCUCAGACAUGGAGUUCACUUUUCUUUGCAUGGCUUCGGCCAAGGAAAACUACAAGUCUGAUGUUUUCUUCCUUUUCCGGUUUAUUUUCUCUGAGGAAAUUGGAUCUUAGUGAUUGUUUUAUGUUGGAUGAAGGAAUUCCUAGUGAUCUUGGAUGCUUGCCUUCUUUGGUUGAGCUAAAUCUUAGUGGGAAUAAUUUUGUGGAUAUCUCUCAAGCAAGACUCAAAAUGCUUCCGCGGCUCAGAAUCCUUGAGCUAGUGGAUUGUGAGAGGCUUGAAAGGUUGCCAGAACUUCCAACAACAAUAGAGGAAGUCUUUGCAGAUAAUUGUGCAUCCCUGAUGUGUGAUAAUAUGGGAAUAUUGACCAACUACAAGAUGUUGCAGCGAAUAUCAUUCACUAAUUGUGUUGGACUACUUCAGAAUCAGCAGACGCGUGACAUGGCUACCUCAUUGUGGCUUCACCUAUUCAAGAAGUGCAUUGUUAAAAGUGAUCACUUUAGCAUUUACCUACCUGGAGAACAAGUUCCAGAGUGGUUUGGCUACAAACUCAACGGAACCUCAGUUUCAAUGCAGCUGCCAAACAAUUGGUACAGUGAUAAAUUCAUGGGAUUUGCCAUCUGUGUUGUGUCUGAUCUUGAAACAACAUGGUUAUCAGUUAAUGAAGGUUACCUACAGGAAAUGCCAGGCAUUUCGAUUGAGUUUACAAUCAAAAGCCACCACCGGAGGAGCACGAGUUGCCUAAUGAACAUUGGUUUUGUCGGGACAAACAAGAAUGUUGCUUUAGAUCACACAUGCCUUGCCUAUGUGCCAUUUGAAGAAUAUUGGGCAAUGUACAAAAACCACUUAGACAGCCCAAACAAUUGGUAUCAGAUCGAUUUUUCUGCAAACUCUUUGAGGAAACAUAUUUUCCUGAAAAGUUGGGGAAUUCGUCUCGUGUACACUGAUGACUUGCAGAUUUCCACAUCUUGA